ACAGAGAGAGAUAGAGGGUGUGUGUGUGUGUGCAUGUGUGUGCCGGGCUGCAGCUGAACCACUCAGCCGUCCGGAGGUUUGAGGUGGGCGGAGACUGAGAGCCCGAGGUCCUCCCGUCCGCAGCGACGCACCGUGCAUUUCGGACUCGGCACCCGCACCCGUCCGUCCGAGGAGGGGAAGACAUCAUGGCAACCACUACUUGUACGCGUUUUACAGAUGAAUACCAGCUUUACGAGGAGCUUGGCAAGGGGGCCUUUUCAGUGGUGCGCCGCUGUGUCAAACUCUGCACAGGCCAAGAGUACGCCGCCAAAAUCAUCAACACCAAAAAGCUCUCGGCCAGAGAUCAUCAGAAACUGGAGAGAGAAGCCAGGAUCUGCAGAUUGCUCAAGCACUCCAACAUCGUUCGUCUUCAUGACAGUAUCUCAGAGGAAGGCUUCCACUACCUCCUCUUCGACUUGGUGACAGGAGGGGAGCUGUUCGAGGACAUUGUGGCGAGGGAGUACUACAGUGAAGCAGACGCCAGUCAUUGCAUCCAGCAGAUCCUGGAGGCCGUGCUCCACUGCCAUCAGAUGGGGGUGGUACACAGAGACCUCAAGCCAGAGAAUCUGCUGCUGGCCAGCAAGUGUAAGAACGCAGCCGUGAAGCUGGCCGACUUCGGACUCGCCAUCGAGGUUCAAGGAGAACAGCAGGCCUGGUUCGGCUUUGCGGGGACUCCCGGCUACUUGUCCCCGGAGGUGCUGAGGAAGGAGGCGUACGGUAAACCUGUCGACAUCUGGGCAUGUGGUGUGAUCCUCUACAUCCUUUUGGUUGGUUACCCUCCGUUCUGGGACGAGGACCAGCACAAACUCUACCAGCAGAUCAAAGCUGGAGCGUACGACUUCCCCUCUCCAGAGUGGGACACGGUGACCCCGGAGGCUAAAAAUCUGAUCAACCAGAUGUUGACGAUCAACCCGGCCAAGAGGAUCACCGCGCAGGAGGCUCUGAAGCACCCAUGGGUCUGCCAACGCUCCACAGUGGCCUCCAUGAUGCACAGACAGGAGACUGUGGAGUGCCUGAAGAAGUUCAACGCCCGGAGGAAACUCAAGGGCGCCAUUCUGACCACCAUGCUCGUCUCCAGGAACUUCUCUGUGGGUCGGCAGACUACAGCGCCGGCCUCCGUCAGCGCCGUGGCGGGAACCACCGCGGGCAUCGUGGAGCAAGCCAAGAGUCUCCUCAACAAGAAGGCUGAUGUCAAGCCGCAGACAAACAGCACGAGAAACAGCAUAGUCACCAGUCCCAAAGGCAACACCCCCUCUGCUGCACUGGAGCCUCAGACUACUGUAAUCCAUAAUCCAAUAGAUGGGACUAAGGAAUCAUCUGACAGCAGCAACACCACUAUCGAGGAUGAAGAUGUGAAAGCUCGCAAACAGGAGAUCAUAAAGAUCACAGAGCAGCUGAUCGAAGCUGUCAACAAUGGAGACUUUGAGGCGUAUGCGAAGAUCUGCGACCCCGGUCUGACCUCGUUUGAGCCGGAGGGUCUGGGGAACCUGGUGGAGGGCAUGGACUUCCACAGAUUUUACUUUGACAAUCUCCUCUCCAAGAACAGCAAACCCAUCCACACCACCAUCCUGAACCCUCACGUGCACAUGAUCGGGGACGACGCCGCCUGCAUCGCUUACAUCCGCCUGACGCAGUUCGUGGACGGGCAGGGCCACCCCCGCUCCAGCCAAUCAGAGGAGACCAGAGUAUGGCACCGCAGGGACAGCCGGUGGCAGAACGUCCACUUCCACUGCUCAGGAGCUCCGGCCGCCCCGCUGCAGGGAUGA